AUGUCAGUUGCAAGAGAUACCAUUAGCUCCACUCAAUUCCUCAAAUAUGGUGACACCAUUGUUUCUUCUGGUGGAAUCUUUGAGAUGGGUUUUUUUAGCCCUACCAAUUCUUCUCACAAUAUCUAUGUUGGCAUAUGGUUCAAGCAAAUGUCUAUUCGCAUUGUAGUUUGGGUUGCCAACAGAGAUACUCCCCUCACUAAUACAUCAUCAGUAGCCUUGCAGAUCAACAGUCCAGGCCGGCUAGCUCUAGUUGAUGGCAACGGUUCUGAAAUCUGGCGUACUAACAACACUUCCGGGUCAGUUGAGAACACUGUUGCAAAAUUACUGGAUUCUGGGAAUCUGGUGGUGAUGGAUGCAAAUGCUGAUGAGAAUUUUCUGUGGCAAAGUUUUGACCAUCCUACAGAUACUCUAUUGCAAGGCACGAGUCUUGGAAAGAAUUUUGUUACUGGUCUAGAGAGUAGUCUGUCAGCAUGGAACACAGAAACUGAUCCAAGUUCAGGGCAAUAUAGGAUGACCCUUGAUCCUACAGGGUUUCCACAAGUUGUGUUCUGGAAGGGUAGAAACAAAAUGUAUCGAUCCGGUCCAUGGAACGGUUUGAACUGGAGAGAUUUGGAAAAAUGGGGUCUGUUUGUUCAAGUUUCUGUAAACAUUAACACAACUGAGGUUAUGUCAAGGGAGUUUUUUAAUACCUCAAAAUUAAUCAGGUUCGUCCUCACAACCACAGGGACUUUACAAUUGGAUAUAGGGGAAAAUGGGACAGGUAAAUGGAACAGUCUCCCUCUUGUACCAAUAGAUGGUUGUGACAAAUAUAGAAUAUGUGGGCCCUAUGGGAAUUGUGACAGUAAUAAAAACCCUGUUUGUGGAUGCCUGGAUAAAUUUGUGCCUAGAGAUCCAGUAGUGUGGGGAAGUUCAGAUUUUUCAGGGGGGUGUGUUCGAAGGACAUCUCUGAAUUCAUCCUCAGAUGGAUUCAAGAGAUACUCCGUUCAUAAGAUGUCAGUUGCAAGAGAUACCAUUAGCUCCACUCAAUUCCUCAAAUAUGGUGACACCAUUGUUUCUUCUGGUGGAAUCUUUGAGAUGGGUUUUUUUAGCCCUACCAAUUCUUCUCACAAUAUCUAUGUUGGCAUAUGGUUCAAGCAAAUGUCUAUUCGCAUUGUAGUUUGGGUUGCCAACAGAGAUACUCCCCUCACUAAUACAUCAUCAGUAGCCUUGCAGAUCAACAGUCCAGGCCGGCUAGCUCUAGUUGAUGGCAACGGUUCUGAAAUCUGGCGUACUAACAACACUUCCGGGUCAGUUGAGAACACUGUUGCAAAAUUACUGGAUUCUGGGAAUCUGGUGGUGAUGGAUGCAAAUGCUGAUGAGAAUUUUCUGUGGCAAAGUUUUGACCAUCCUACAGAUACUCUAUUGCAAGGCACGAGUCUUGGAAAGAAUUUUGUUACUGGUCUAGAGAGUAGUCUGUCAGCAUGGAACACAGAAACUGAUCCAAGUUCAGGGCAAUAUAGGAUGACCCUUGAUCCUACAGGGUUUCCACAAGUUGUGUUCUGGAAGGGUAGAAACAAAAUGUAUCGAUCCGGUCCAUGGAACGGUUUGAACUGGAGAGAUUUGGAAAAAUGGGGUCUGUUUGUUCAAGUUUCUGUAAACAUUAACACAACUGAGGUUAUGUCAAGGGAGUUUUUUAAUACCUCAAAAUUAAUCAGGUUCGUCCUCACAACCACAGGGACUUUACAAUUGGAUAUAGGGGAAAAUGGGACAGGUAAAUGGAACAGUCUCCCUCUUGUACCAAUAGAUGGUUGUGACAAAUAUAGAAUAUGUGGGCCCUAUGGGAAUUGUGACAGUAAUAAAAACCCUGUUUGUGGAUGCCUGGAUAAAUUUGUGCCUAGAGAUCCAGUAGUGUGGGGAAGUUCAGAUUUUUCAGGGGGGUGUGUUCGAAGGACAUCUCUGAAUUCAUCCUCAGAUGGAUUCAAGAGAUACUCCGGUCUUAAAUUGCCAGAUACAAAUGUUUCAACAUUCCAUAAGAAUAUGACCCUUCAAGAGUGCAAUCAUGCUUGCUUCAACAAUUUGUCUUGCAUGGCUUAUUCAACUCUAAUUAUAAGCAACGGAGAAAAUGGGUGCUUGCUUUGGUUUGAUGAUUUGAUCGACAUUAGAGUGGUAGUCAUACCUGAGGACGGGCAAGAUCUUUACAUAAGGAUGGCUUCUUUUGAUUCAGCAUUGGGUGGAAUUCUGGUGCUGAGCUUCACCUCGACUCUGAUCAUAAUAUUGUAUCGACGAAAAAAGAAGAAGAUCCAUUUAAAUUUGAAAUGGGAAGAAGUUCAAACAUUAUUUGAAGUAUUGACAAUCACUAGAGCUACUAAUAACUUUUUACUAGAAAACAAGAUUGGAGAGGGAGGAUAUGGACCUGUUUACAAGGGUGUUCUAGAUGAUGGAAAGGAAAUAGCUGUAAAGCGACUUUCGAAGACAUCUAAACAAGGGCUUGGAGAAUUUAAAAAUGAAGUCAAUUCUAUUGCCAAACUUCAACAUAGGAAUCUUGUGAAGCUUCUAGGAUGGUGCAUUCAAGGAGAUGAAAAGAUGUUGAUCUAUGAAUAUAUGCCAAACAAAAGCCUUGACUCAUAUAUAUUUGAUAUUCAAAGGAGAUUAAUUCUUGAUUGGCCAAAACUCUUUAACAUUAUCAACGGAAUUGCUAGAGGACUUUUGUAUUUGCACCAAGAUUCUCGACUGAAAAUUAUUCAUAGAGAUCUCAAAGCUAGCAACAUUUUGUUGGAUAUUGACAUGAAUCCAAAAAUAUCAGACUUUGGCUUGGCAAGGAGCAUUGGAUUAAAGGAGACGGGGGCAAACACAAAUCGAAUUGUUGGAACGAUUGGUUAUAUGUCUCCGGAGUAUGCAGGACAUGGGAUCUUUUCUAUUAAAUCAGAUGUGUUCAGUUUUGGUGUAUUGGUAUUAGAAAUUGUGAGUGGAAAAAGAAAUAGGGGAUUUUCUCAUCAUCAAGAUCAUUAUGAGAACCUUCUUAGCCAUGCAUGGAAGCUUUAUAGAGAUGGUAAAUCAAUUCAACUUGUGGAAGAACAUCUAGAUGAACCACAUCAUUUGCUUCAAGUUCUAAGAUCAAUCCAAGUUGGGUUGUUAUGUGUUCAACACUGCCCUGAAGAUAGGCCAAGCAUGUCUUCCAUUGUUCAUAUGUUAGCUAAUGAUGUCCAAUUACCCAUUCCUAAAGAGCCAGGUUUCUUCACUGAGAAAAGGGUAAUUGAGCCUAGUUCUUAUCCAGACGAAGAAAAAUCAUAUUCCAUAAAUGAAGUCACCAUCUCAGAUUUCGGUCCUCGUUAA